AUGAGGGAUUACCUAGAUACCACCCAUAUGACCAAAUUAAAUCAAACCCUUACAAAUGAACAGAACACUUAUUACAUUCCGCAUCAUGUAGUUAUACGGCCUGAUAGAACAACCACAAAAAUGCGAAUUGUUUUCGAUGCCUCGGCAAAAACAUCUUCUGGGAUGUCAUUGAACGAUAACCUCUAUUGCGGAAAGAAGCUCCAACAAGACCUACACGGGAUAAUUUUGCGGUUUCGUCUACAUCCCAUUGUGUUUACUGCAGAUAUAAAAAAUAUGUUUCGUCAAAUAGUUGUAACCGAAACCCAUCGUCCCUAUCAGCGAUUGUUAUAUAGAUUCAACCCAGAGGAGCCUGUGCAGGAAUAUGAAAUGAAUAGAGUUACGUUUGGUCAAAAAUGUUCUCCGUUUAUUUCGAUUCGUACGCUACAUAAAUUGAUCGACGAUGAAGCGUCUAACGAUGAAACAUUAAAAGCUAUCGUUCAUCAGGAUCUCUAUGUCGAUGACAUAGUAACAGGUACAAGUACUCUAAGCGAAGCGCUCGAAUUGACACAAAACCUAAUCACAUUAUUCGAAAAGGGUAAGUUCGAACUGCGAAAUUGGUCAAGCAACUCUGAGCAACUUUUAACUCGUAUUCCGAUGGAACACCGACAAGUACUUCCAAUUACUUUCGAAGAACGUGAUUCAUGCUGCAUGAAAGUUCUCGGUUUAAUGUGGGACCUGAAAGUGGACUCACUCAGCUACCUAUAUCAACCCUGUCCAGUAAAAUUCAGCAAACGAGUAAUACUAUCAGAAAUUGCGCGUAUCUAUGAUCCUCUCGGCCUUCUCACUCCUGUUACAACGGAUUUAAAAAGAUUAAUGAAAUACCUCUGGUUGGUUGGAGUAAAUUGGGAUGAAACAAUACCGGAAGAAGCAAUGACCUCUUGGACCCAAUACCACCGAGAGUUACCCCUUCUAGCUACCCUGAAAAUUCCUCGCAUGGUUACCCAUCCAAAUGCUACGUACGAGUUACUCGGGUUUAGUGAUGCCUCUGAAGCAGCGUAUGCGGCGGCCGUGUACCUAAGAAUUGAUACUGGCACGGAAGUAAAGUGUCAUCUCUUGAUGGGAAAAUCUAAGAUAGCACCGGCUAGGAAGAUAUCUGUUCCGAGACUAGAGUUAUGUAGUGCUUGGUUACUAGCUCGUCUUCUUGCGUUUGCGCAAGAUAACUUGUCCGCAAUCGAUAUAGAAAAUGUUGCCGCGUUGUCUGACUCCACGUUAACGCUACAGUGGAUAAGAAACUCAUGUGGAAAAUUGUUACACCUACCAACCAACGACAACCCAACGGACUGCGCAUCCCGUGGGCUCAGACCCGACAUUUUAGCCAGCCACGACAUAUGGUGGCAAGGUCCUCUGUUUCUCAAACAACCUGAAAGAGAAUGGCCUGUGGAAAGUACGGUGAGUCCUAUUAGUUGUUCAGAGGAAGAAAAUGAAGAAAAACGCAUUACGCUUUUGUCCCGAGAAAAAGAGGAACACUGCCGGCUUCUUUAUCAAUCAGACAAUUUACCAAAAGUUUUAAGAUUCACCGUCUAUUGGUUAAGACUUCGAGAUCGUCUUGGGAAAAAACCGUCCUUGCCGAUCACUUCUCCACCUACUACAGACGAAACGGAGAGAGCACUUCGAUCCUUAGUACGCUGGACUCAAAACAUAUAUUUUUCAGACGAGAAAAAAGAGCACUCAAUGGGAAAACAAGCUCCGAAGCAUUUAAGGAAAUUAACACCGUUUCUGGACGACGACCACUUGCUGAUGGUGCGCGGUCGUUUAGGAUAUGCUGAAAUUCCUUACAAUGAAAAACAUCCCUUAUUGAUGCCAAAGUCUUCGCGAUUGACUGAACUCCUAAUCGACUUUACCCACCGAAAAAACGGACAUCCAGGACCACAAACGGUACAAUAUUUACUACGUCAAAAUUACUGGAUAUUUUCAUCCCGAAGUGUCGUCAAACAAAGAAUCCAUCGAUGCAUACCAUGUUUCCGUGCAAAACCUCGCUUGGCCCAACCUAUCAUGGGAAAUCUACCGUCUUUCCGUAUUUCCCAAAUAAAACCAUUUAGUAGAACCGGUGUAAAUUUUGCUGGACCCUUCCAGGUAAUAGCAGCAAUGAUUCGAAAAAUAAAGGUCACAAAGGCGUACAUUUAUAUUUUUGUACGUAUGGUAACAACAGCAGUUCACAUUGAACUAGUUUCCGACCUAUCGACUCAAUUGUUUAUAGCUGCACUUGAUCGGUUUAUUGGACGAAGAGGGAGAUGUUCAGACAUUUAUAGCGAUUGUGGAACGAAUUUCGUAGGAACGAACCGAUAUCUACAAGAAGUAUACUCCAUACUGAAAGGACCUCGCUGUGUGGAAAAUGCGGUAGAUAAUCAAAUCCGCUGA